CCACACCUUACCCCAGCCUCUGAGCCUCUAUUCCCAAUCCCGCGAAUCAAAACACCAGCAAUUUGUUAUCAAGUUUCCGACGUCACAGGCUUCUCGAUGGCAACCUCAUGGAGAUUGUCUUUCGGAGCGGCCACGUUCCACAUCCCAUGAUGAUUUCCAUGGAUGCCAGCGUCGUGAUGGAAGGGGACGCAUGACCAAGAUGGAGAACAUGGACCUGUCCGAGGUUCCGAGAACCUAGAACUCCAUGCUUUUGGAUUCAAUAUGUACCUGUUGAAUCCUUCACCCAACACAGAAGCUGGUGGCUUUUUCAACUUGAUCUCUUCAACUUUGCAUCCAUAACAACGUCACCAUGCAACUGGAGAAAUUUCUUACCGCCGCCGAGGCUAUCGUGGGCUCCGACAAUGUGUCGAGAGAGCCAACCUCUGGUGCCCCAGAGGGCCUGGAUGGGAGUGUCGCCUACGGUGAUCCAUUCCCCUUGUCUCGGCCGCACCGCCCUGGGCCAGCAGUUCGUCCCGAAACGGUUGACCAAGUGCGUGAGCUUGUCCGGGCGGCGAACAGGUUCGAGGUACCCAUGUGGACAGUGUCGAGGGGAAAGAAUCUUGGAUAUGGCGGCUCUGCCCCAGUCGUAGACCGCAACGUUAUCCUCGAUUUGCACCGAAUGAACAAGAUCAUCGAGAUUAACGAAGAAUAUGCCUACGCCAUCGUGGAGCCUGGCGUGACAUUCAUACAAUUAUACGAAGAGAUCAAGAAGCGCAAGCUCAACCUCUGGAUCUCUGUCCCGGCCAUUGGAUGGGGUUCCGUGGUUGGAAAUACCUUGGAGCGAGGUAUUGGUUACACGCAGGAUGCUGCCCAUUACAAGCACCAGUGCGGCAUGGAGGUCGUCCUCCCUGAUGGUGAUUUGCUGCGAACUGGUAUGGGUGUUGUGGAGGACAGCAAGGUGUGGCCGCUGUAUUCAGGGGGCUUUGGGCCCGGGUUGGAUGGUCUGUUCUUCCAGUCAAAUUAUGGCAUUGUCACGAAGAUGGGGAUUCAAUUCUCCCCUGCCCCUGAAGCCUACACUAGAAUCCUCGUCGAAGUCCCCGAGGAACAAGAUUUGGCGCCGCUGGUUGGCACCAUGACUGACCUGAUGCGCCGGCGCAUUGUGGCCAACCCUCCACAGCUGUAUGGCAGGAUGACUCUGAUCAUCGGUGCAGCGCGUCGCGACCCCGAGAUUGCCAAAAUCUUGGGCGAGCACGGCAACUUUGCACGUCACAUCCCUCAGGAGCUUAUCAGCAAGGUUUCCACCAUCCUGGGAUUGCCAGCCUGGUGUGCAGGUUUCGCUCUCUAUGGUCCCCCAGAAGCCCAGGCGGGCCUUUUGGAGGCUGUCAAGCGGCGCUUCAAGCAGGUCAAGGGCGCAAAGGUUACACAUGAGACUUUUAAUGCUGUGCCUGGCGAGUAUCUCAGAAGCGAGGAUGUCACACAAGACUUCCUCCCUCAGAGCGGAGUUCCUUCCAUCAAUCAUGCUUUGGCCUUCUCGUCAAAAGAGGACGGUCUCUGGCACAACUGCUACUCCCCUGUCCUACCACCCUCGGGCCGCGAGCUGUACGAGUGGUACGUCAGGGCCAAGAAGAUCACCGAGGAUCACGAUCUUAAUUUCCUUGCCGAUUUCCACGUCUUCGACAGAUACAUCAUAAGCAUUAACUUGAUCAUGUUCCAUCCCUCAGCCAAGGCCCGACUGCACGAUGUCCAAUACGCUCUCAUGGAGGACUCCAAGAAGCUGGGUUAUUUGGAGUACCGCACCCACGUCAGCUUCAUGGAUGCUACGGCAGCUCACCAGACGUUUAAUAACGGUGCAUUUGGGAGAUUUACCACCAUGUUGAAGGAUACUAUUGAUCCCAACGGAAUUUUGAGUCCAGGGAAGCAGGGUAUUUGGAACUCGACGGCGAAGUUGGCAAGACUGGGGCUUGAGGAGAAGUAGGUGGUUUGGGGUUGUGGUAGGAUUUGGAUGUUUGUGUUUUAUCUCUACUUUUAGCUUAGUUGAUGAGUUCUUGAAUUUGUCCAAACUCUGGUAAAAGAACGGAAUUCCUGGAUGCGUGAUAACGAUCAAUGUACACCUUUUAAGAA